GAACAGCGGCGCUUUAAAAGGCGCGUCUCUCUUCUCCAAAUGCUGAUGCCUGCUUCACAAACUGGACUUUUACAGUCCCUACAGCUCCACGGACACACACACACACACACACAUACACACACACACACACACACACACACACACACACACACACACACACACACACACACACACAAGGACUGUACCACAACACAACGAAGAAUAAUGGUUUCCACCAGAAGUUUGGAAAAAACGAUGGUUUUUCUGUGUGUGUGUGUUUUGUACAACAGUAUGACAGCAGACUGCAGACCACUGAGACGGAGGUCCGUCAGUGAAGUUCAGCUGAUGCACACCGUCGGCGUGCGUAAACACAUACAGCAGAGGCAGGAGUGGCUACAGGAGCGCAUGCAGGGCAUACACACCGCCCUGUUGCAUGAUGGGAAAAUCAGCAGCAGCGAGCGCAUCAAGCUGGAGCGCACGCGUUCCCAAGACUUUACGCACGGCGCAUUGAAUGGAGACGUGGCUGAAACCCAGUGAAACGUGGACACUCUCCGUCUCGACUCACUCUCAUCUCUAUUUAUUGCUUUCUAUUUAUAUAUUUAAGUAUUUAUCUCAAUUUAUUGACUUUUUUAAAAGUUCUCCUGAUUGUUAUAAAUAUGAUAUAUACAUACUUUUAUUUUAGAUACGCGUAAGAGAGAGCACCUUCAUUUAUUUUCUUUGAGAUGUAAUCAUGUUUACUGAAACCAAGACUAUUUUAGAGUAGGACCAAUUUAUGUGUCUCCAGCAGGGACACACACGCACACGCACACACACACACACACACACACACACACACACACACACACACACACACACACACACACACACACACACACAAACACACACAGCAGGACUGUACCACAACACGGCAUGAUAAUUGCAGCAGACUGGUCCGUAUCGAUUAACCCGUGGGAUUUGGGAAGACAUGGCUGCACGACCGCUUUCUUAUGACAGCAACUCGAGUGACACGGAGAACUGCGAGCAGAGAUCCAGUUCUCGACCUCGGCGCGUUUACCGGCACUCCGGCACUGGCAGUCGGCUGCGAGGCUCUCAGCCGCACGGCGAAGUGGAGAGGAUGAGCGUACUCGGGGCCGAGCACCGCAGGGAGAGACGUCGCUCCGGAGAUCGCUCCAGGGAUUCCUCUCACGAACGGGUGGAGGGCCAGCUCACGCCCUGCAUCAGGAACAUCACCUCACCCACACGUCAGCAGCUCAGCGAUCGAGAGAGAGAAGCAGGAUCUUGGUCGAGAUCGGCGAGUCCCAGGUCUCAGAAAGGCUCGAGCGCCUUCUGCGCAGACCCCCACGGUAAAGCUCACGGCUCGGACAUGAUUUACGUGUACGAAAACGCGAAGGACGGCUCUCGGAGCGUGAGGACGUCUGAGAGGGUGACCCUCAUCGUGGAUAACACGCGCUUCGUCGUGGACCCUGCCGUCUUCACCGCUCAGCCCAACACCAUGCUCGGCAGGAUGUUCGGAGCUGGACGAGAGUACAACUUCACCCGGCCCAAUGAGAAGGGCGAGUACGAGGUGGCAGAGGGCAUCAGCUCCACCGUUUUCAGAGCCAUCCUGGAUUAUUACAAAUCAGGGAUUAUCCGCUGCCCUGAUGGGAUCUCAAUUCCCGAACUGAGGGAGGCAUGUGACUACCUCUGCAUCUCCUUCGACUACAGCACCAUCAAGUGCAGAGAUCUGAGCGCGCUGAUGCACGAGCUGUCUAACGACGGGGCGCGGCGGCAGUUCGAGUCGUACCUGGAGGAGAUGGUGCUGCCGCUGAUGGUGGCCAGCGCUCAGAGCGGAGAGAGGGAGUGUCACGUGGUGGUGCUCACCGACGACGACGUGGUGGACUGGGACGAAGAGUAUCCGCCUCAGAUGGGCGAGGAGUACUCUCAGAUUAUCUACAGCACAAAACUGUAUCGGUUCUUCAAAUACAUCGAGAAUCGGGACGUCGCCAAGUCGGUUUUAAAGGAGAGAGGUCUGAAGAAGAUCCGAUUAGGCAUCGAAGGUUAUCCUACCUACAAGGAGAAAGUGAAGAAGCGUCCCGGCGGCCGACCCGAGGUCAUCUAUAACUACGUUCAGAGGCCUUUCAUCCGCAUGUCCUGGGAGAAAGAGGAAGGAAAGAGCCGCCACGUGGACUUCCAGUGCGUGAAGAGCAAAUCCAUCAGCAACCUGGCUGCGGCGGCGGCGGACACGCCUCACGAUCAGCUUGUGGCUCUGCACGCCGGGCCUCAGGUGGACGAACUGGACAUCCUGCCAGACCACCAACAUCACCCCGAUCCGGACGCUCCGGCUCCGUGAAUCGCAGAAACGCAAGCGUCGCCUGGAUGCACCGUCUGAGUCCACGCAACACACGCGGCCAAACCCACGAUGCCUUUCCGAGCCCUUCCCUGCCUUAAGAGACCUGUGUGCUGAGCGCUGCGCACUUCACAGCAGUAUAAACCACCCACGCGGCGUUCAAACCGGAAUGGACAAAAACAAAAGCGCGACGAUGACGUAACGUAACGUAGCCUGCAAAUACCCCGUUCUCCAUAGGUGUAUUAGAGCCCUGACACACCAAGCCUACAACACAACGUUAGACAAAUCAGAAACUCAGUAGCGCGCCAAUUAAAACUUCCGUCAUGCUUCCCGGCCUCACUGGUUUUACCCGGAAACCUAAUUAUCUAAUGCGAUGUAACCUAAUAACAUAGACGAGGCAGUUAGUUCGCUAGUGCUUUCUUUUAUCGAUUAAAUCCCGUAAACACGGAAAAAAAACAAAGCCAAACUCGGAACUUCUCAGGACCGUCUCCUAAACGACGAGUUUAGCAAGUGCUAAAAGCAACACGACCGCUUCCAGUAAACAGAGUAGCGCCGCUAUCGCACUGCGUGUAUCUAUGGAGCCUGUACUGUGGCUCUGAUGUACUAUUUAACAUGUAGGCUCGUACAUCAAGCUGGCCCGAGCAAACCGUCUGCUCAGGGAGGUUUUUUUUUUUUUUUUUAACAACUCGUUUCUCCUUCGCUCACCGACCGCUCCGUCUUCCACCAGCCUCGGCUCACCGAAUCGGCACAGAAACAGUCGGCUUGGUGCGUCACAGCUCGAGGACCCGAAAAACGAUGCAAGCACACGAGCAAAACCUCGAAUCGUUAAUCAUUAGACAUCGAGCGCAGCACAAUCUGUCUCCUAAAACCGUUUCAGCAGGUCUAAUCUCUCUCACACACACACACACACACACACACACAGGCUUUUUGUGGUACGAGUGCGGUCCAAGCGGUCACACACCUUCCUUCUGUUGUCCAUCUGGUGAAGGGAACUAAAGAGCGGUUCUUCACCAGAGCCGGAUUAGAUUAGAGCCGCGCUUGGCGUUCCGCCGUAUCCGAGGUCGAUCGAAGGGGUUAAAAGAUGUAUGAUUUAAAAAAAAAAGAUGCCCUGAGCCAUUACUGAUGAGCCUCACACAGCUUCUCAGUCAAAUGUGAAACCGUACACGUGAUGUCACAACCUUCAACUUCUACUCUUCUUACGUUCUUUUUUUUUGUGUGUGUUUUUUUUUUUUUAAAGCAGCAGGGCGACGCCACUCGGUUUCGAGUUUCAGAAUCUACCUUGUUUUUUAGCUGGAUGUGUAUUUUAAUAAAAAGUGUCCUAUCGCUGUG